ACGCGUAAAAGAGGAUUUCCAAACGCACGCCUUUCGUUUUUUUUUUAAAAAUUGCUUUGUUCAACCGAGCUCAUCUGGCACUGUCCACGGAACCGCAACAGCAACAACAAAAAUAAGGCGCAGAAAGUGAAAUUAUUGAACACUGACAAACGUAUUUUUGUUCAACGAAGAGUAAGUUAAUGAAGGGAUGCAGGACUUUCUUGGUGCGCACAAGGCAGGUGUCCCUGAAGGCGCCAUGGAUCGGUUUGGAUACAGUGAGAGCCGCUUUCAGACAGCAGGACCCGUUUCCAUCAGAUGACUGGAAGCGCUGUCCGUGGUGAGUGAGGAUCAGCCCAUUUUCGAGCCGCCCUUCCCCGCAGCCCCAGCCAUGCACAUGAAGGCUGAGAUGACGUCGCCCGGCGGGUUCAGCCAGGCCUCCAAGCAGAGUCCCGAGCCCACCGAGCCAGAGUGGGUGGGGUCAGCAGCGCCAAACCCUGGGAAAAGAGGCGAACACGUCAAUGGAACCAGCCGUGAGUCCCCUGUGGACUGCAGCGUCACCAAACGCUCCAGACACAUGAGUAACGACGGGGCCCCAAUGCCGUACCAGGCCUCGUACGUGGAGCCUCGUGUCAGUCCCCAGACCUCCACCCCACCCAGCAGCACCACAGAGGAGAAGAGGGUCAUCGUGCCAGCAGAUCCCGAGGUUUGGACACAGGACCACGUGCGACAGUGGCUGGACUGGGCCAUCAAGGAGUACGUCCUGGAGGAGGUGGACGUCAUGCUCUUCCAAGCGCUGGACGGCAAGGCCCUGUGCAAGAUGACCAAGGACGACAUGAUGCGUCUCACGUCGGCCUACAACGCAGACAUCCUGCUCUCGCACCUCAAUUACCUCCGGCAGAGUAGCCCUACGUUUUCAUACUCCACAACUCCCACCAACAACACACCACCACCACAACAACCACCCAGACUACAGGUGAAAGCAGAGAGCGGGUUUGAUGAGAUCAGCCGCAGAAACAGCUGGCCGGCAAACACCAUGACUGCAGUGCCUAAAGGUUCUUCCAUGGAGCACCAACACAGCACAAGAGUUACAGAGCCUGCUCCAAGAAUUGUGCAAGACCCAUAUCAGACAUUAGGGCCCAUAAGCAGUCGGCUAGCCAACCCAGAAGGCCAAGCCCUCAGCUCAUCCAAGAACCGAACAGGCAAACAAAGUCCAUACAAGCUCCCUGACCCCAGCGCUCACAGGCCUGUGGGUUCAGGGCAGAUUCAGUUGUGGCAGUUCCUGCUGGAGCUGCUGUCCGACAGCAACAACGCCGGCAUCAUCACCUGGGAGGGCACCAACGGCGAGUUCAAGAUGACCGACCCUGACGAGGUGGCCAAGCGCUGGGGUGAGCGCAAGAGCAAGCCCAACAUGAACUACGACAAGCUGAGCCGCGCUCUGCGGUACUACUAUGACAAGAACAUCAUGACUAAAGUGCACGGCAAGCGCUACGCCUACAAAUUUGACUUCCAAGGCAUCUCGCAGGCACACCAGAAUCACGCUGCAGAAGGAGGGAUUGUUAAGUACCAGACUGAGAUGUCUUAUGUCCAACCCUACCACAGCCACCAGCCCAAAAUGAACUUCAUGAGUGGCCACCCUGCACCUAUGCCCGUCUCCCCCGGCAACUUUUUCGCCCCUCCGUCACCAUACUGGAACUCCCCCAACAGCCCCAUCUAUCCUGGGACAGCCAUGACCAGGCAUCCCACCACUCACUCCCACCUGAGCUCGUACUACUGAGGACAGGGCAUUUCACACCUGAACGGGAUAACACGGGAGUGAAACCCACGAGUGCGAGAAGAAACUCAUGCACACGCCAUCCAGGAUGUACCUGAGCUGAACCCCGUCUAAGAUGAAGGUGAUAUGACGCUACGGUCUGUUUUAUAAGGGCAUUAUGAAGUUGUCUGUCACAUUAUGUUGCAUCAUGGUCUUAAAAAUGGACAGAACAUGAGGGUAAAUUAAUUCUGUAAUGAAUGGAAAGGAUUGGUAUUGUACUCUACCAGGAGUUUUCUUUUCUGAAUACACUGAUGACAAUAUAUUACCAGUCAUUCAGUUGUUAUGAAACCAAGUUUUUUUUUUCCAUUUGUAAGUACACUGUUUGAUAGUAAUCCAUUGUAAAGACAGAAGUCAUACCCUUUACUGUGUGAGUAGCAUAAUGGUUUUGUAACAGUUCUUUUCACAUAGGUCAAAAUAGCAGUUUUCACAUUUAAUGUGACUGACAUUUGUAAAAGAAGUUGUACAGAAUGACUGUCAUGUAGCAAUUUAACAUUUACUCGUGAUGUAAAGCUAAUAAAUAAUGGUUGUACC